AUGGUAUUAGGAAAGGCUCACAAGAUUGUGCACGAAGCACACGAAGUUUUGGCCCGCCAUGCGCCAGAACAUUUCUACAAGUCGCAACCAGGCAAGUCGUACUGUGCGGAUGAAGAACAGUACCGCCAAAUGUACAGCCAAUCGAUCAACGACCCAAGCGGCUUUUUUGGACCCUUGGCUAAGGAGUACUUGCACUGGGACCGCCCAUUCACGCAAGUGCAAAGCGGUUCGUUGGAACACGGCGAUGUUGCGUGGUUUUUGAACGGUGAGUUGAACGCCUCGUAUAACUGUGUUGAUAGACACGCGUUUGCCAACCCAGACAAGCCAGCUUUGAUCUACGAAGCCGACGACGAAUCUGAAAACAAGGUCAUCACCUUUGGCGAAUUGUUGAGACAGGUCUCUGAAGUCGCUGGUGUCUUGAAGUCAUGGGGUGUCAAGAAGGGUGACACCGUUGCUGUGUAUUUGCCAAUGAUUCCAGCCGCUGUUGUUGCCAUGUUGGCUGUUGCCAGAUUGGGUGCCAUCCACUCUGUCAUCUUUGCUGGUUUCUCAGCCGGUUCCUUGAAGGAAAGAGUCGUCGAUGCUGGCUGUAAAGUUGUCAUCACCUGCGAUGAGGGUAAGAGAGGUGGUAAAACGGUCCACACCAAGAAGAUUGUUGACGAAGGUUUGGCUGGUGUCGACUCCGUUGCCAAGAUCUUGGUCUUCCAAAGAACUGGUACCGUUGGCAUCCCAAUGAAGCCAGGUAGAGAUUUCUGGUGGCACGAGGAAUGUGUCAAGCAAAAGGGUUACCUACCACCUGUCCCAGUUAACUCUGAGGACCCAUUGUUCUUGCUAUACACUUCCGGUUCCACCGGUUCUCCAAAGGGUGUUGUCCACUCCACCGCAGGUUACUUGUUGGGUUCCGCAUUGACCACCAGAUAUGUCUUCGAUAUCCACCCAGAAGAUGUCUUGUUUACCGCUGGUGACGUCGGUUGGAUUACCGGUCACACUUAUGCUUUGUAUGGUCCAUUGACUCUUGGUACCGCCACCAUCAUCUUUGAAUCCACCCCUGCCUACCCAGAUUACGGUAGAUACUGGAGAAUCAUCGAACGUCACAGAGCUACCCACUUCUACGUUGCCCCAACCGCGCUAAGAUUGAUCAAGCGUGUUGGUGAACAGGAAAUCGCCAAGUACGACACCUCUUCCUUGAGAGUGUUGGGUUCUGUUGGUGAGCCAAUCUCCCCAGAUCUAUGGGAAUGGUAUCACGAAAAGGUCGGUAACAAGAAUUGUGUCAUCUGUGACACCAUGUGGCAAACCGAAUCUGGUUCCCACUUGAUCGCUCCAUUGGCAGGUGCUGUGCCAACCAAGCCAGGUUCCGCUACCGUUCCAUUCUUUGGUAUCAACGCAUGCAUCAUCGACCCAGUCUCCGGUGAAGAGUUGACAGGUAACGAUGUCGAAGGUGUCUUGGCCAUCAAGUCACCAUGGCCUUCAAUGGCCAGAUCUGUCUGGAACAAUCACUCCCGUUACUUCGAAACCUACUUGAAGCCAUACCCUGGUUACUACUUCACCGGUGACGGUGCUGGUAGAGACCACGACGGUUACUACUGGAUCAGAGGUAGAGUUGACGAUGUCGUGAACGUCUCCGGUCACAGACUAUCUACCGCUGAAAUCGAAGCCGCCUUGGUCGAACACGAAGGUGUCUCAGAAUCUGCCGUCGUUGGUAUCACCGACGAACUUACAGGUCAAGCUGUUAUCGCCUUUGUCUCCUUGAAGGACGGUUACCUAGCCGAAGACGCAGUAGAAGGUGACCCAGCCCACAUCUCCCCAGACAAGCUACGUCGUGAGCUAAUCUUACAAGUUAGAGGUGAAAUUGGUCCAUUCGCUGCACCAAAGACCGUUGUCAUUGUCAACGACUUGCCAAAGACAAGAUCAGGUAAGAUCAUGAGAAGAGUCUUGAGAAAGAUCGCUUCAAAGGAAGCCGACCAAUUGGGUGACCUAAGUACACUUGCUAACCCAGAUGUUGUUCCAUCUAUUAUCUCAAGUGUCGAAACCCAAUUCUUUAACCAACAAAAGAAAUAA